CGUGGCGAGCGAAGCGAGCCCGCGAGGGUACUUUUCGGGUACCCUGUUCGCCCGUAGCUCCUCCCCCUGCUGAUGUAGCUCCUCCCCUCAAAACGUCACAAGGUCCCUUCAGCCCCUCCGAUAUAGAACCAACCGUACAGUCAGGCUGCCGGUGGCAGGGCAUGCUGGGUCAUGUAGUUCCCCCACCACACCUGUGCUGCGCACACUCAGCAUAGAUACCAGUGCAUGGUUGUAGAUGGUUCUCAUGGGGGUCACUGUAGCACCUGGCCUGGUGACUGCAUGAGAGCUGCUAUGGGGUUGUUGCUAUUAGUAACAUGUAGUUGCUAGGAGCAACAGCACAUCUAUUCCAGUGUCUCCUGGUGCAUAUUAUCACACAUGGGGGGCGUCUCAGGCCCUUGCUGGCAGCACGUCGGCUCUUCCGGCAUUACUUCUGAUGAAAUAAAUGAAUAUAAGAAGGUUUGGUGCCACCGUAGCGACGGAGACAGAACGGGCGGCGAGAGGAGAGACACCCCCCCCGCAGGGUCCCCGGCGUUCGCUAGCGAUGGCGGUGACGGAGAAUGUGUCCAGCUGUUCGCUGAGUACCAUGUGGGACUGGUCACACUGGUCGCUGUCUGGGACCCCCCCGGCUGUAUCUCUCUUAGAUGCGGCUGCUGAUCUUCUGGUGCUGGACCGAAACUUUGCUGGUGCCUUAGAACUGUGUGAGAGGGGACUACAGAUCCUGGCUGCAGAGCCUGGGGACACGAGGGAUAAGCAAGUAAAGGAUUCCCUCUGCGUGAUCGGAAUCCAGGCACUGGCUGAGAUGGAUCGAUGGAGGGAGGUCCUGCCCUGGCUUGUACAGUAUUACCGGACCCCCCAGGACAUGCCCCACAAUAUCAUGGAGAUGUGCCUCCUGCUCUACAGCAGAGUGCGCCAAUCCCACGUGAUGCUGGAGCUGAGCAGAGAUUGGCUUAAAGAACACGGCCAUUGGCGGCCACCGGGUUACGGGAGAGUGGCCGAGCUCCACCUCCACAGAGUCCUCCUCCCCCUCGGCCACCUCUCAGAGGCAGAGGCCUUAGCCCAGGAUCCGCUAGUGUUCAGCGAGCAGCAGCAGCUGGCGGCUCUGACAGCCGUGAGAGAGGAGAGGAGGCGCCUGGAGCAGGAAGAGGAGGCCGGUUCCCAGACAGCGGGUCAGAGCCAGUCCGUCUGUCCCACAGGAAACCUACAAGCGAGACCUUUGCAGGUUGCGCGGAUGCUGUAUGGGGCCCUGAGCGUGGUGGCCACGUGGAUUCGGAGGAUCCCUUUCCGGCAGAUCGUGCUGGCUCUCCUGCUGAUGUCUGUGAUUGUACUGCGCUUGGAUCCAGCUUCCCCGAUGUCCAAGGGUCCUGUAUCUCGUCUGCUACUAUUACUCCGCCAAAUUGUCACCAGUGUUUUCCGGAAUCCGUCUACUGACCGGCUCUGAUGCCCCUCUGGCCACAGAAACGAGCCGGGACUAUGUACGGGGGAAUGUCCAGGAUGUUCCUCCCCGUGUGACGCCAUGCGAUGAGUAGCGCACAUGUCUGGGAUGGCUCAGUCACUGGACCUUAGGAAUACGUCAGGCCUCAGUCUUUAUACAACGAACAAAAGGAUUACGUAAAGGAUAAACGGCACAUAGAGUAAACAAAUGUAUUGGUGGAUCUUAGAGAGGUAACAGAGAAUAUAGGCGUCACAGUGCGCCGCUCAAUGGCUCUGCCGAAUCCCCAAUGGCUCCCGUACCGCCCGCUCUGCCAAGUAGUAGGCGGAGUAAGAAGUACGGCGUGGGACCGUUACAGCUCCCGCGGUCUGGGGAAUGGCGCAUCCGUGCAAAGUACAUUUUAGUUUUAUUUAUUAAUCCACUGAGCUCCUCCCAAAGUGUCAUUAGAGAAAGUAAAGUGUCAUUAUCACCGACGUGUCGGGGUUCUGUGUCACCAGCGCUAAAUAUCAUCCCCAUAUAAUAAGCAGGCUGCUUUAUAGAGAGAUCGCUACUCUUAUUUCAUUCCAAAAUGUCAUGUGUGUUCUAUUAUAGCAAGAAUUAGGGGUCUUCAGGACUAAGUGCCAGCCAAUCAGCUCCCAGCUGUCAAUUUUCAAACACAGCCUGUAACAUGACAGGAGCUGAUUGGCUGGUACUUUAUCUCUCUCCACUUUAUCCCUUUCUCAAAGAUUUAGUACGUAGACCACUUAGACCAGGGCUGGCCAAACCGGUCCUCGAGAUCUACCAACACUUCACAUUUUCCAGACCACCUAGCUGGUGCACAGGUGUAGUCAUUACUAAUUAAGAUGUGCUGCAUUCAUUCCUAACUGACAAUUCUACAGAUCUCCAGGAGGCCUGGAAAACAUGAACUGUUGGUAGAUCUCGAGGACCGGUUUGGCCAGCCCUGACUUAGACUGUUAAAACCAACUUUGCAGUUGUUCUUGAGCUACAACCCCCGGCACGCUCUGCCGCUGCGACCUCCCCGGCACGCUCUGCCGCUGCGACCGCCCUGGCACGCUCUGCCGCUGUGACCUCCCCGGCACGCUCUGCCGCUGUGACCUCCCCGGCACGCUCUGCCGCUGUGACCUCCCCGGCACGCUCUGCCGCUGCGACCGCCCCGGCACGCUCUGCCGCUGCGACCUCCCCGGCACGCUCUGCCGCUGCGACCUCCCGGCACGCUCUGCCGCUGCGACCUCCCCGGCACGCUCUGCCACUGCGACCUCCCCGGCACGCUCUGCCACUAAUCGUUCCCCACCAUCAAUGUGUCAUUGUCCCCUAGUGACUGUGACACUGCAGUGAUGGCGUGCCGUCUUACUACAUUAAAAUGACUUAAACUACUUGAUUGAAAUUAUUUCUUAUUCUGUUGAUUUAUCCCUGUACAGGACCAUGGUGGUCAUUCCGAGUUGUGCGCUCGCUAGCUGUUUUUAGCAGCCGUGCAAACGCUAUGCCGCCUCCAACUGGGAGUGUAUUUUAGCUUAGCAGAAGUGCGAACGUAAGGAUCGCAGAGCGGCGGCAAAAAAAAUUGUGCAGUUAUAGAGUAGCUCCAGACCUACUCAGCGCUUGCGAUCACUUCAGACCAUUCAGUUACGGAUUUGUCGUCACAAACACGCCCUACGUUCGGCCAGCCACGCCUGCGUUUUUCCUGGCACGCCUGCGUUUUUCCGAACACUCCCUGAAAACGGUCAGUUGACACCCAGAAACGCCCACUUCAUGUCAAUCACUCUGGGGCCAGCAGUGCGACUGAAAAGCAUCGCUAGACCCUGUGUGAAACUACAUCGGCCGUUGUGAAAGUACGCUGCGCAUGCGCAGAAGUUCCGGUUGUUUGCAUCAUUGCUGCACAGCGAACAUUUUCUGCUAGCGAUCAACUCGGAAUGACCCCCCAUAAUCGUUAGGACUGUGUAUAACGUUUGGAUUUCUUAAUGCAGAAAAAAGUGUAUUCAUCUCUUCCUGCACAUUGCUGCACUCUCUUGUGGUUGUUCACACUGAACCCUGUCCCUCUGCACGGUGGGGCAGCAGCUGUCAUCACUAAAUGUUCCUGCGCCGCUGGUUGCGCUGUGUGACUGUAGCCGGAUAACAGGGCCCUUACAAAUGUUAUUCUUCUGUCUCGUUGGCUCGUUUCACACCUAAUUGACACAAAUUGCAAUGAGUUGUCGCCAAAACUGCUACUGCUAGGGCACAACAUCUGUUCCGGAUUAUAGGAUUGUCGUCCAGUUACAUCGUGACUGCAUUUACCAUUCAUGUUGUCAUUGCCUAAUUGUGCAAACUCUGCCCUGCUGGAUCUUCUGUGCGCGGCCGCGUCUGGCAGAGAUCUAACCGCCAUUAAUGUCAUUUAGUGAGUGGAGCUGCAUAUAUCACUGGCUGAGACUGACUGCUGCGCAGGGCUCUCGUAGCCACACGCAGCGAUUCCAAAGCCAUAAAACAAGGUGAACAACUGACGCUUACAAGUAAUUAACCACCAGUGUCCCUUCUAAAUAGGCCUGCCUUAAUAUCCCUUUAAUCCAGGACAUUCAUAAAUGACACAGGUUCUGUGGCUGAAUCAAACCAUUAUCAUCAAUGUUCCGGAUUAAAGGGAUAUUAUGGCAAGCCUAUAUAUUUGUUUUUACUAUUAUUUUGAAAUAAAGUGUUUUUUUCGAUGA